UAGGAACACUAAGCCACGGCGAGCUCGCUGGCUUUGUUCGGUCUAACCAGUCAAAAAAGCUUAGCCUGCUUCCAAAUUAACACCCUAGCAAGCCAAGCUAAGCUAGCCAACCCACCAUGGUGUCCACGGAGUUGUGGGCUGGCCUUGGAUCAGCUCUGCUGUUCUUGAUCGGCCUUGUUGCUGCGGCAAUGAACCACACCAGGAUCAAAUUGUGGCUGAACAAGAUCGCCGCCUACUUCAGCUCAUACAUCCAAAUCACCAUCCCAGAGUACGGCGCCGAUCCUUCGCAAAGCACAGACCGAGACUUCUUCGUCGCUGUCGAGGCCUACCUCUCCGAAUACUGUAUCCACGGGGCGCGCAAGCUCAAGGCCGAGCUUGGCAGGGACAGCAAGAAACCCCAGGCCGCCAUUGACGAUGACCAGGAGAUCGUCGACACCUUCCACGACGUCGGCACCAAGCUCUGGUGGUAUGCCUAUACAGAGUACCCAAAGUCCCAGAUCAUCAUCCACAACCCGGCCGAUGAAAAGCGCCGCUUCUACCGACUUGUCUUCCACAAAAAAUUCCGCGACCCCAUCCUCGGCUCCUAUCUGCCCCAAGUCAUUGAAAAGGGCCGCGCCGUCAUCGCCAAGAACCGCAAGCAUCGCCUCUUCACCAACAUCCCAAAGAGAGGGGGGACUUUCUGGAGCCCCGUAGCGUUCCAGCACCCGGCCACGUUUGCGACGCUCGCCAUGGACCCCGCGGAGAAGGAGGCCAUCGUCGAUGACCUCGACGCCUUCAAGCAGGGGAAGGACUACUACACCAGGAUCGGCAGGGCAUGGAAGCGAGGCUACCUGCUGUUCGGGCCCCCAGGCACCGGCAAGUCCACCAUGAUCGCCGCCAUAGCCAAGCAUCUUGAAUACGAUGUCUAUGACCUGGAGCUCAUGGCGGUCAAGAACAACACCGAGCUGCGGCAGCUCUUCGUCCUGACGACGGACAAGUCAAUCAUCGUCAUCGAGGACAUUGACCGCUCCGUCCACCUUACCACAAAGCGCAGCGACAACAAGCCCCACAACAGGUCCGGCGGCGAGAGCAGCAACACGACCUUGCCGCCGAAGGAGGAUGACAAGGACGACGAGGACACCAAGCUCACUCUCUCCGGGCUGCUCAACUUCAUUGACGGGCUAUGGUCAGCAUGCGGCGGCAAGCGCAUCAUCAUCUUCACCACCAACAACAAGGACAAUCUGGACCCGGCGCUGAUCCGGCGAGGCAGGAUGGACAAGCACAUCGAGAUGUCCUACUGCCGCUACGAGGCAUUCCAGCUGCUGGCCCGCAACUACCUGGACACAAACAUAUUGAACGAGAGCCAGUUCUUCCAUCUGUUUGGCGAGAUACAGAAGCUGCUGGCGGAGGUCGACAUGUCUCCGGCGGAUGUCGCCGAGCACCUGAUGCGCACCGAGAAGAGGGACGCCGCCGCGUGCCUCGAGGGUCUCGUUGUGGCUCUGAGAAACGCCAAGGACGACAAAGCAAAAGCAAAGGAACAAGUUGUAGAAAUCGUCCAUGAUAAAUAACACAAGACAAGACAGCCAGCGAGAGGACACGAGCACGUGCUAGCUAGGCUGCUAGCACUUAUCAGCUCGUGCUUUUGCUCUAGGGUGAAUAAUUCGUAUUGGUAAUGACUUGUAUCUGCCCGGCUGCAAUUUUAUUGAACUGUACGCACCUAAGUCUGCUAAGAGAUUUUCUGUUUUUGCCA